AUGGCAAAUGCUGAAGAAAAUUUUGAAGAUGGAGGGGGAGAAAGUGUAACAGUUACAAUUGCUUUGGAUUUGCCAGAAUCUGAAAAUAUUAAAAAUACACGGAAUGAAAUUUUUGUUGAUAAUAUUGAGGUUGAUGAUGAAUUUUUGAAUUUUCUUUCAAUCCCUUUACCAAUUUCUCCUUCAGAAUUACUUUCUAAUUUUAAACAAAAAAAUUCUUUAUUUUCUUCUAUUUUAAUUAAAGAUAUUUCUUUUGAAUUAAAAAAUAUUUUGGAAAUUCGGUUAAGUACUUCCUCAUGUGGUUCUAUGCGAAAUUGGGAAUUUUUAGCUGCAUGUAUGGGUUUAAGUAUUGAUGAAAUUGUUGGAAUGAGAAAAAAUGAAAAUCCAAUAAAUAUUUUACUUCAAAAAUUUUCUAAUGAGUAUUUUCUUAAAUUAUUGGAGCUUAUUGGGCAAUCUGGCCGUGUUGAUGUUUUACUUGCUUUAGAACCAUUUAUUGGAAAAAUUUCAAACGAAAGGGAUUCUUCUCUUUUAACUUUUUCAUCAGAUAUACAAAGGCAAAAUUCUUUAAUUUUAGAAGGCCCAUUUAUUUUUAUUUUGCAUCACGAAAAUAAAAAUAAUAAAGAUUUGAGGCGUUUACAUAAAAUGUUUAUUAAAAAUUUGGAAAGAUGUGCUGCAGCUGCAGAACGAGGAAAAAAGAUUUUGGAUGUUGAUAAUUGUUUUUCUGGGGAAGAUUUAUUUGGUUCUAUUCAAAAAUAUUUUGAAAAUGCUUCACAAAUUCUUUUGGCAUUAUCAAGUGAUUAUUCAGAAAUAAUUUGUUCAGAUAAUGAACAAAUACAAGAAUUAGACCAAAAAAUACAAUUAAAACGUUCUUUGCAUCAAAUGACUUUUCAAGAAGUUCUUUAUAAUAGAGGAGAGAAUAAACGUUUUCGAGUACUUUUGAUGCGUGGAACAGGACCAGAACAUAUUCCACGUGGAUGGCCUAGUAAUACUUUGCAUUAUCGUUUUCCGGAAGACUUCUCUGAAUUGUGCGCUCGUCUACUUGAAGGAGAAGGAGACAAAUUAAUUUCAAAUGAAUAA